AUGAACAUCUACUAUUUCAGUGUACAGAUAAUUUUCAUAACCUCAAGCCUAUUAAGCAACACGGAAGCCAAAUUCAACGCACAAAAGCGAGCUUGUGCCAUCGAACUAACGCGCCCCUUCUCUCGACUGCAGGACCUGAUCAACGUCCUUGAUCUACCACAAUUCCCUCGGGCCGGUUGCAUCACAUACCAGGCUGUGGAUGCAGCAUUCCAAAGUGCGCUGGCCGCAAGAGGCAACUUACGACGGCCCGUGGGAGAGUGGGAGCCCGAAGACAUAGCUCCUUUAGGGGAUAUUCUGCUAGACACGACGCGGAUCUUGGCCACAACAUACGACCUAAGCUCCGAGGAGGUAUGGAAGCUGCUGCCCAAGGUGGACGUGGGCAAGACGCUCGUGGCGAGGUACUGCCCUGACUUCGCCUCUCCCAUGACCUGCGUGCCGGGCAGAUACAGGCGCCAUGAUGGACUCUGCAAUAACCUGCGUUUCCCGACGUGGGGCAAUUUACGACGGCCCGUGGGAGAGUGGGAGCCCGAAGACAUAGCUCCUUUAGGGGAUAUUCUGCUAGACACGACGCGGAUCUUGGUCACAACAUACGACCUAAGCUCCGAGGAGGUAUGGAAGCUGCUGCCCAAGGUGGACGUGGGCAAGACGCUCGUGGCGAGGUACUGCCCUGACUUCGCCUCUCCCAUGACCUGCGUGCCGGGCAGAUACAGGCGCCAUGAUGGACUCUGCAAUAACCUGCGUUUCCCGACGUGGGGCGCCACCAGAACUGCUUUUGCAAGACUGGUCCCCCCGGCGUACAGCGAUGGCCUGGGAGCGCCCCGAGAGAGCCACGUCCCCGGUGGCACCCUUCCCAAUCCCCGCCGGGUGUCAGCCAGCAUCCACCGCGACGGAGGCUACCACGACCACGCCAUCACGCUCUUCGUCGUCGCCUGGGGGCAGUUCAUGGACCACGACUUCACCCUCACUGCCACGCCCCUCGACCCCCUGACGAGGAACGAGCCGGAAGUGUGCUGUCACCCCCCUCCAGGAAUCCCGAAGGACCCCCACUGCCUGGAGAUCACUAUCCCGAAGGACGACGGAUUUUACAAGCUGUAUGGACAAUCCUGCCUCGAGUUCGUCAGGGCUUUUUCGGGCGUCAGGCAGGAUUGCAAGUUAGGUCCUCGCGCACCCUUCAAUAUCCUUGCUGGUGUGAUUGACGUCAACACGGUCUAUGGCAGCACUGACGAACACGCGAGGGCCUUGAGGUUGUUCAGGGGCGGCAAAAUGCGGAUGAACAACGCCUUCGCUGCCUUGGGCCUCCGCGAACUCCUGCCGCAGAAGCUGGACACUCCCAACGAAGGAUGUACGAGGACCUCUCCGAACCAAUUCUGCUUCGAUGCCGGAGAGAUUCGAGUCAACGAGCAGCUAAUCCUGACCACCAUGCACACCCUGUGGUUCCGAGAGCACAACCGACUGGCGAGUCGAUUGGCGAAUCUCAACCCACACUGGGAUGAUGAGACCCUCUACCAGGAAGCACGGCGCAUAGUCAUCGCUGAAGUCCAACACAUCACGUUCAACGAGUUCCUUCCCUUGCUGUUGGGCGGGGAAGUCAUGGCCGAAUAUGGACUUCUUCCUGAGAAAGAGGGUUAUUACCAUGGCUAUGACCCCACGGAGGACCCCAGCAUGACGGCGGGUUUCGUCAGCGCCGCCUUCAGGUUCGGCCACUCGCUCCUCCCGUCGACGGUCGAGCGCUGGAGCCCCUCGCACACGAUGAUAGGAUCCAAGCGAUUAAGCAAACUGAUCCGACAGCCGUGGGACCUAUACAAGGCUGGGGUUCUAGACCAGUAUUAUCUAGGACUCAUGAACCAGCCAGCUCAGGCCAUGGACCCGCACAUCACACAAGAGGUCACCAACCACCUGUUCGAGGACCCCGGCGAACACUUCGGGAUGGACCUCGUGUCACUCAAUAUCCAGCGAGGUCGGGAGUUCGGUAUUCCCGGCUACACAGCGUACAGAAAGUACUGUGGUCUGUCUCCCGUUCGUGACUUCCAAGACCUUGCCCGUCAUAUGACCAACUUGACAGCUUACCGAUACAGCCAGCUCUAUAGCCACGUAGAUGACAUCGACCUCUGGAGCGCCGGAGUGUCCGAGCGCCCCCUGGCCGGCUCUCUGCUCGGCCCGACCUUCUCCUGCCUCGUCGCCACGCAGAUGCGGAGGCUGCGGCGCGGCGACAGGUACUGGUACGAGACGCCGCGGCAGCCGUCGUCGUUUUCUUUGCGCCAGCUGGAUUCCCUGCGUCAGGCGAGCUUAGCGCGGGUGCUGUGUGAUAAUACAGAUCAGCUGGUCACGCUACAGCGGUACCCGAUGGUGUUGCUCGACCAUGCCAUAAACCCCCGUGUGUCUUGCUCCAACAGCCUCCUUCUUCCAGACGUUGACCUGAGUCCUUGGCAAGACUACCGUCAUUGACAGGAUCAAGUUGCAUCAUAUCCGAAGCAAAGCCUCCCAUUCUGAGAGACAAACUAUGCCAAGAGAGUGCCAACAGAAAAUGUAUAUUCUACGAGGGAUAAAA